AUGGCCACCCCGCUGCAGUUCAACCCAGCGCAGGAACAAGCUGUCGCCGAUAUCCUAUCACGACCUCGCGCCGCCAACACCGGUCCAUUCGCACAAUUUCUAAACGUAUACGAUGCAUUCCAAGAGCGGAGAGAAGCAUUGGGCCUCAGCAACCCGGGCACAGUCGAAAACAUUGCGAGGGAAGUCCAGCGCGAUGUCUUCCUGAACAACUCCAGCUUCUCAGGUCUGCGCGCCGAGCUCACCAAGGCCUUCAGCGCCGCCCCGCUAUUCCAGGUUGCACACUCGUUGUCCAUGGGAUCGCAGGUUAUGCCGCCAUACUCCUACAUGGUUCUCUACGGAUCACCAAGGGUAUUCAUGCAAGGAAACCUAGAUAACGAGCUUGCCUUCUCCGGUCGCUUCAACUGGCGCUGGACGUCGGCGUUUGUCACCAAGACCGCUGUUCAGCUCACAUCGCAAGGCAACAUGGUUUCGCUCGAAAACGACUACACUGGCGCCGACUUCUCUGCUUCGCUGAAGGCUGUCAACCCCUCCCUACUCGACGGUGGCAUUACUGGUAUGCUCAUGGCCAGCUAUCUACAGGCUGUUACACCAAAGCUUUCGCUCGGCAUCGACGCUUUCUGGACCCGCCCGGCUAUGGCAUACCCCCCAGAGCUGAAUGUCUCGUACGCGGCACGCUACCGGGCUGUCGACUGGAUGGCAUGUGGUCAGAUCAUCCCCGACCGUGGUGUAUUGGAGGCUUCAUACUGGCGCAGACUUACAGACAAGGUUGAGACUGGCAUCAACUGCAACCUCGCAUUUGCUGGAAUUGGCCCCGGAGGGCCUAUGGCUGGACCGCAGAAGGAGGGUAACGUAACUAUCGGUGCCAAGUACGAUUUCCGUCAGUCAUCAUACAGGGCACAAAUAGACAACCAGGGUAAGGUGUCGUGCUUGUUGGAGAAGAUGAUUGCGCCGCCAAUCCGUGUAACCUUCUCAGGUGAAAUUGACCACAAAGCGAAUGCCGCUAAGCUUGGUCUGGCCGUUGCGAUAGAAGCCGCCGACGAGGCAGUCAUGGAACAGCAAGAACAACAGGGCGUCGCAAUGUCAGCCGGCUCGAUCCCCUUCUAA